UGCGGUAAUACAACGAACAGGCUUGUUUUCACUCUGAGCUUCUCUGGUUACAGAAAACUACAGAGACAGCGCCGACACUCUGACAGAGAGAGAGAGAGAGAGAAAAGAAAAAAUAGAGUGUUUGCUGAUUGGUUGAAGCGCGUGCCGCACGCACAGUGCACGCACUUAAAUAUCCUGUACAGGCUCGUGCCAGUCAGCUGUGUCCCACUCCGCUUCUAUUCCCAAAGGCACGUACGGACGAGGAAAGCGCCUGACGGCUUCAGUAUCGUAUCAGUUAAAGUCCAUGGCUGCCCCCACACACAGCGGCUGCAUGUGGAUGCUGGUUCUGGGCACCUGUGUGUCUCUGGUGGCUGGCACAGACUGCGGGAAAGAGUGUGCACUUUGUGUAUACCAUCUGCUGGGACAACAGUCUGCAUUUUCAUCUCUGACAUGCUCACUUGAGUGCAAAGGUGGGUUGGAUAGCCAGAAGCUGCGCCUGUGCCAGGACUUUCUAUUGGAAGAAGAAAACCUCAUUCCUCUGGACGCUGACCCCAAUCAACAGCAGGAACAGGAGUCAGUGGGCACCAUUACAGCUGAUUAUGAGGACAAAGCAUCACCGGAACACCAGAUGGCGAAGAAAUAUGGUGGCUUCAUGAAACGCUAUGGUGGUUUCAUGUCUCGCCGCUCCUCCUCUCCAGAUGGGGCACUCGUGAAUCCUGGAGUCCAGGAUGAGCAAGAAAACAUUGAUCUAGAGAUCCUAAAGAUCCUUAAUGCAGCAACCAAGCAUAGCAGUGAGGGGGAUGGUCAGGAAGGUGAGAUAGUGAAAAGGUAUGGAGGCUUCAUGCGCCGGGCUGAAGGGGGUGUGGCACCAGGUGACCUGCUGGAGGCUAUGUUAGGCCGUGGGCUCAAGAAGCGCUAUGGAGGGUUUAUGAGGCGUGUGGGUAGGCCUGAGUGGCUGGUGGACAGUACAAAGAAUGGAGGGGUGUUGAAACGUGCCUGGGAGAAUGGCAGUGAGCUACAGAAGAGAUAUGGAGGAUUCAUGGACUAGGACGCCUUAGUUAUGAUCAUUAAAUCCCUCGAUCUCAUCAGCACCCUUUUAUCAACCGAUCACCUUGUAGUCAGAACUUGAUGGUGUUUCAGUCAACUUCCCAAUCCCUAUGCUAGUUACAUUGUAUCAUCUGCCUUUGUAUAAUGUGCUGCUGUCUACUUCAUUGGUUCAGCUUGUCCUGUAAUGACAAUAUGUAUAUUUAAGCAUUUGUUGUUCAGAUAUACACAGAUCAUUUUUGGUCUUAUUGGUUUCCAUGAUGAUAUUAUUUAUUAAAACAAUCUGUUGAUCGA